AUUUGUUCCUCUGCGUUUGCGCAGGUUACAAACAGCGUCCUGUAGGUUCACUUGCUGACGUUUAUGAUAAUGUCAAAGUCCACAGUUGUUAGUAGGAGGCUGCUACACGGGCAUCGGGUUUGCUGUUUCACAAACAAAGAGGCAUUAUUUCACCGCUCUCUCUCUCACACACACACACGUAGACAUAUACAGGCACAGGCACCGGGGCUGAUUCACUUGUUUAGCCUCCUGUCACGGCAUAAAGGGACCGAUAAGACGCACUGCAUGGUUAAAAUGCUCGGGAGAUCUCUGAUGAACGUCGGACUGCGGCUGAAGUGUCAGCGGCUUAAAUGGAUCCAGAGAGUGACAGCGGGACUAAACCCUGCCAACUAUGGGGACACCCUCCGCCGCGAGGCAGCCUCCACCAGCACCGUCAUGGGUGUCAACAAAAUAAAAACUAUGGAUGAUUUAGGCGGACCGAGUUUCAUGACUACCUUGUAUUGGCUUUUUAUAAAGGGAUAUUUCCAAACGACGCAACAAAUGCAAAUCGAGCACAGCAAGAUAUACGGCCCCCUGUGGAAGUCCAAAUACGGCCCUUUGGUCGUGGUGAAUGUGGCCAGUGCCGACCUGAUAGAACAGGUGCUGAGGCAGGAGGGUAAACACCCAAUCCGGACAGACAUGCCCCACUGGAGGAACUACAGAGAGCUCAGGAACCAGGCCCAUGGACCCCUGACUGAGAUGGGGGCCAAAUGGCAGCGGAUUCGCAGCAUCUUGAAUCCACGAAUGCUGAAACCCAAGCACGUCUCCUCCUAUGCCAACACCAUCAAUGAGGUGGUGUCAGAUUUUAUCUGCAGAGUGAACUGGCUGAAGGAGACCAGUGGACAGGGAGUCGUGGUCAAUGACCUGACUGCAGAGCUCUACAAAUUUGCUUUUGAAGGUUAG